AUGUCAGGCCACGCUCCGCCUGGGUUGAGCGACUAUGCAGCGCCGUCGCCACCAAUCGAAAUAGGUAUCGAGGGCCGCGCACAACCCACACUCAUCGCAAAGUCAGAAGAUUCGCCAGUCCCAUCUCGCCCGAUGUCGCUAGGUCCGGACACCCCAUCUAUGGAAGAUCUCGACCCUAGUGCGCCCUCGACAACUGCUGGGAGGAAACGCAAGCUGAAUAGCGCUUCCGCACGAGGUGUCGCCAAUCUUACCCCAGACCAAUUGGCUAAAAAGCGUGCGAACGACCGCCAAGCUCAACGAGCCAUCCGCGAGCGCACCAAAAUAAAUAUUGAGGCAUUGGAACAGCAAGUUCGAGAUCUAUCUUCACAGAAGCCGUUCCUCGACCUCCAGGCCGCCUUACAACACAAUGAGCGAAUCAAAACUGAGAACAGAGAGCUUCGACGGGGCCUCAAGGCAGCAAUGGACAUUAUUCAACCUUUGCUUGCAAGACCAGAAGUCCCAGGUAUGUCGCAAUUGAUCUUUCGCUGGAAGACUAGACUUUUAACAUCUAUAGAUUUCCCUCCUUGUUUGGCGCAACCGCGCUCCGCCCCUCUAGCCCAUACACCUCUCUUCCCUGAGCCCGACCAUCUGACACCAAACCCCAACGCCGCAGUCUCCUCUGAAAAGCCAUAUGCCGAAUCACUCGCAAGCUUAGAUACGCCCUCCCCUACACAUUCUGCGCCUGCUAUGGGAAGCCGUCGCAAUAGCAGCAAUGGAGUCCUCCAGCCUGCCUCAUACCGAGCGGCCUUCUCUCAGAAUAUUGCCCAUGGGCUAGAUUUUGGCAUGGAAGAGCGACUCGGCUUCAACUUCCUGUUGGAUCCUUCACAAAACGUCGUUCCCAAAGUCGACCGUCUCCGGCGCAGCAGCUCAGAGAACCUGCGCACCUCACAUCCCACUCCUCCUCCACUUUACUUGCAGCAACCGAUGAAUUAUCCGCCCGAACAAAGUACCGCCGCAUUCUCUACACCCAUUAAAAAUACUGCACCAACCUGCACCUUGGACAGCAUCUUGAUGGAUUUCCUUGAUAGUCGACAACGCGAGGCCGCCCAAGGAAUCCCCCGACAAAAACUUGCUGGACCACCAUAUCCAAGCGUCUCCUCGCUACUAAACCCGGAGAAGGGUGUCAACUCCCAUCCUGUAUCAAAGGUCUUCACCGACAUCCUCCGCACAUUCCCAGAUAUUUCCUCUUUACCAGAGCAGGUAGCCGUUCUAUUCACCAUGUUCCUCCUUAUGCGCUGGCAGAUCUACCCUACGCAGGAGAACUACGACCGGCUGCCCGAAUGGCUCACCCCACGACCUACCCAACUAUUCCAACCACAUCCCGCAUGGAUAGACUAUCUUCCCUGGCCACGCAUGCGUGACCGGAUCGCUACAUCCCACCAAAACUACCCCUUCGAGAAUUGGUUCAUCCCAUUCACCCGAGGAAUGUCCGUGAAUUGGCCGUACGAAGCCACAGACUGUCUAUUGUCGGCCGGUGACUCGGACGAGCUGCUCAUCAACCCUGUUUUUGAGCGACAUAUGCGCAACCUCAACAAUUGGUCUCUUGGCACAUUGUUUGCGGAGACUUAUCCAGGUUUGGUAGACACUACACGGAUAAGACCAGAGUCGAAGCAGGCACAUUCCCCUGCCCACUCGAUGUAG